UGCUGGGGCGGGCGGUGCUGCCCGGCGGAGGGCGGUGACCUCGUCGCUCCCACCGCGCAUGCGUUUGGCGCAGUGGCGGGGGCGGGCGGUGCCGCUGGGCGGGGGGAGCGAUGGCGGCCGCGCUGGGUCUGUCGUCCGCGCCGGGCUCCGCCGCCGUGAGCGAGCUGUGCCAGAACGGCCGCGAGAUCUUCCUGGAGGCGUCGCGCCUGCUCCUCACGUACGCCGACAACAUCCUCCGGAAUCCAUAUGAAGAAAAAUAUAGAUUAAUUCGGAUUGGAAAUCCAGCAUUUUCCACAAGGCUGUUGCCUGUCAGAGGAGCAGUUGAAUGUUUAUUUGAAAUGGGGUUUCAGGAGGGAGAAACUCACCUGGUUUUCCCUAAGGAAGCUUCGAUUGAGCAACUACGUAAAAUCAGAGACUUAAUUGCUGGAGAGAGAAGCAGCAGACUGAAUGAGUCAAACCAAAUCCCCAAAUCAGGAUCCAGUGAAACUGUCAGCAGCACUCAGACAGCUGCACAACGGCCUUCAAGACCUGCCAGCUCUGUUCUUGCCCCUGCCCGUCAGCGACCAGAAACGUCACUUGUCCAGUCUCUUGAAAUGGCUGCAAAUAUCUUGAAAACACUUCAAACAAAAUUUGAGGAUCUCGUAUUGAUGUAUGAGAAUCCUUCUAUUCAGCAGAAAGCACUAGCUGCAAUUCCCCUCCAGGAAUUAAAGAACAAGGCUCAGAAAAAGCUAUCACAAGCUACAAGACUGGACAAAGGUGCACAUGUGAAUGAAGAGGACUUCCUAUUGUUGGAGCUUUUGGAGUGGUUUAAGACUUACUUUUUUCAUUGGGUAAAUAGUCUUCCUUGCAGCAGGUGUGGUGGGCAGACAGAACCUAAAAGUGACUACCUGUUGCCUACUGAGGAUGAUGUAAGGUGGAAUGCCAGUCGAGUGGAAAACCACUACUGCAACCAGUGUCAGUUCUCUAAUAGAUUCCCAAGGUAUAACAACCCUGAAAAACUUCUGGAAACCAGACGUGGACGCUGUGGCGAGUGGGCAAACUGUUUUACACUGUGUUGCAGAGCUGUAGGGUUUGAAGCAAGAUAUGUCUGGGACUAUACAGAUCAUGUGUGGACUGAGGUAUAUUCUUCAUCUCAGAAAAGAUGGCUUCAUUGUGAUCCCUGUGAAAAUGUCUGUGAUAAGCCUCUUCUCUAUGAAACUGGAUGGGGAAAGAAGCUCUCCUAUGUAAUUGCAUUCUCCAAAGAUGAGGUUGUUGAUGUCACCUGGAGAUACAGCUGUAAACAUGAAGAAGUACUCUCUAGAAGGACAGCGCUCAGCGAAGCAACGCUACGUGAGACAAUUAAUGCACUAAAUAGAACGAGACAAAAGUCUUUGUCAGAAAGUAGAAAAAGAGAGCUCUUGGAAAGGACUAUAGUGGAGCUUGUUGAAUUUAUUUCUCCUAAAACACCUAAACCUGGAGAAUAUGGUGGAAGGACAUCAGGCUCAAUGGCUUGGCGAAUGGCCAGAGGUGAAAUUGGUCCAGAGAAAAGAAAAGAAGUACUUUUUAUUCCCUCUGAAAAGGAGAAGACAUCUAAACUCUUCCACCUCACCUACAAUAUAGUAGAUGAUAGUUAUACACGGAUUUCCAAUAACAAUGAAAAAAUAAGUGGCUGGGAAGCAGGUGUUUGGAAGGCAGAAUCUGUUUGGAGAAAAGUUGAAACAGAUUGGAAAAUGGUUUAUUUAGCCCGAAAAGAAGGAUCAUCCUCUGCUUCCAUCAGCUGGAAGUUUGAGUGCAAGUCAGUCGGUCUAAAAAUAGAUAACAUUUCAGUUAGGACAAGCAGUCAGACUUUUCAGAGUGGAAGAAUACAGUGGAGACUUUGCUCUCCAAAAGCAGAAAUUGCUCUGAUGGGAGAUAAAAAUCUUUGCUCCUAUUCAGAUUUUUCUGGUGCAACGGAAGUUAUGUUGGAAGCAGUUCUAAAUGGAGGGGAUGGUGAAGCUGCAUGGCAACACACACAGCUGUUUAGAGAGAGCUUAACAGGAUGUGGAGAAAAUUGCUUGGAGAUAAUUAUAAAGCUCAGUGACCUCUGAGAAUCUGAACUGCAGAGAUGUACUUUGGAUUCCUUGAAGACAUUAUACUAUGGAUACAACAUGAAGAUUUGGUUGGCAAUUUUUCUUCAUCCUGCUGGCAGCUUAUUUCCUGUUUCACUGCUUCCAUUAAACCAACUUGAAACUGCACAUGUAUUGAAUAGGUAAACAUCACAAUGAAAACCUCUUUGUCUGUAAAAACAAACACCAAAAUUAAGGCAUUGAACCAUAAAGUAUCUUUUCUUAAACUUUACAAUGAAAACGAAAUAAUUUUUAGGAAGCAAAACUCGACUAUAGGAGCACAAAGCAGUUGUACUUGAUUUUAAUUUGGAGUUUUGGGAUUGGCUUGCUGUUUUUUGGGGGUUUUUUUUAAUAAUCUACUUUGAAAAACAGUUUGAAUUCUGUUUCCCAGUUACAACAGAUGCUUUUGAUGAUCUUAAAAUAUUUUAAAGAAUAACAGAAAAUUUAGACAUUUUAAAGAAAAAUGUGAUUUUGUGUAAUAUCAGAAGUGCUGAAAUUAAGUUAGUUUCAAGAUUACUUCAAAAUUUCUUUGUUGCAAUCUAAGUAUUAAAACUGUGUUUAAUACCUAGAAAUAUUUGGAAGCCUGAAGGUUGCUAGAAACUAAUUUUGAAAGAAGUGGUCACAUGUACCUAAAAUUGUCAUAGCUUUUGGUAUGAAAUUGAGACUUAAAAACUGAGUAAGAAGUCACAAUUUUUUUCUAUGAAAAAAUAGGUUAUUAAUUAUAAAUACUUUUUAAUGAUACAAAUUCAGAUUUGCUUAAUAAAUCUUUUUAAAAGUAGGCAUGUAGAUUGAAAUCUUCUUAAGCUAUUGUUUUGAGUUGCUUUGAAUACUAUACUUAAAUUUGAUGUAAAAAUAUAUACAAAUUUUCUGUUCAUUAAUGCAGUGUUUAAAUUUAUUUUCAGUCAUAUAAUAAAAAAAUGAAAAAAUGCCAUCUAGGAGAUGUCAGAUGUUGCAAUGCUGUGAAUAAAGCAUGGAGUGAAUGUUCAAAUUAGAUAGUCUUUAUCAGAGAAUCUGAGGAAGGCUGUGGCUGGAUACAAGAAAUUUUCUAUUAUAGGACUAAAAUGCAAAGUUCAAACUGUAGUUUUAUUUCAAAAUAAGUGAGAAUUAGGGUUGAUGUUCUCAAGAUGAGUGUUUUUAAAGUUUUUCUUAUAUUUUCUGACCUUUCCAACCUCUGUAUAUUUGAAAUUAUUGUCAAAAAUAAUUUUUGUUGAAAUAAAUGCUUACUGACCUUUCAACAAAUCUAAGGAAAUACAAAACUAUUCAUAUUUUAUUAGGAAACUGCAAAGGCACAGUGAAUGCAGGCAUCAAAAUGAUCACACAAGCAUCUUAAAAAGUGGUAGAUUAUGGCAGUUUAGGAGUGAGAGAAUGAUGUAUGAUGGAUUAUAUACUUCUGAAUGUAAAUUGACAGUUGAUGAGGGGGAUUAGAAAGGAAGGGUCUCGCUCCCUUAGACAGAGCAACACAGUGACAGGGUACUGUGUGGAAGGUUGUUCAUCAGUACCUGGCUAAUGCAAGGUGAAUUUGCCAGUCUCCGUUCAAAACUCCUGCAUUUGGUUUCAGCUAAAUGCUUUUUCUGACAUUUUGAUGGGAACCAACAGAAAAGUAUUUUAGACUAAAAUAUAUACUGUCUUGAAAGAAAAAAAGGAAAAAGAAGACUCAGUGAAACCAAUCCACAAAAAUGUUUCCACUUCAUAUUUUGAUAGCUGAAAAAGUUACUGCUUUAAGACAGAAAUUAUGUUUUUGCAUUCUGUUACUUAUAAGGACCUUGAGCACUUGCAGAAUUCCUUAACUGCGUCUGAUAAUUUGAAAACAGAAGGCAGAAUAAAUUUAAAAGUAGUAAGAUAAAGUAAUUUUCUCACUUUUGGUCAGAAUCUCUGGGGGAAGAGUAAGAGCUGCAGAUAACUUAAUAAAAGAGGAGAGUAAUUGAAGUCCAUUAUUAAAAUGCUUAAAUGAAUUGAAAGAUUGAAAAAUGCCUUACCAAUCUAUUUAAUGAAAAAGUACUUCUGUGUUUGUAAGAUCACAUGCAAUGAAUAGAAGUGCUUAUUUUAUGAAAGGAUUAAUAAGUAAAACGCUCAGACCGUAUAGAGCUAAUAUGAAAAAUUUAAAUGUAACUCCUUCAGGUGUCUUUUGGAGUACCCUAUAAACAGUGAACACUUUGAAUCUCUUCCUGCAUAAGCUGUUAUAAAGGCACUAAUUUUCUCUGCUGAUCUCCAUUUUAGUGCAAAUCUUAAUACGUUUUUGUAUUGUUUUUUUAAACGGGAGGUAAUUACUCAUCCAUAGUUGCUUAAUAUUAACUUACACUAUUCUGAAUUUGCAAUAUUACAUGGUGGAAAGAUCUGUACUGCAGUCUACUCUAAAAGUAUGGGUAUUAAGUUAUGCUGGCAAUGAUAUGAUACUGGAUGAGUAGUAGGUGUUGAUCAGGGCACAUGUAAGUCAGUGCUUACUCAACUUCUUACAAGUUUGAGGAGGUGGAGGUUAAAUGGGGUUAAAUUAAGAAAUGUAUGACUUAAUACAGGUAAAAUCAGCAAUGUUUUCAAGAAUUCAGCUUAGUCUGUUACAUUUUAAAGAACAACUAGCUGUCCAGCGUGCCAUGGGUGCCUUCCAAAGUUGAGGCGUAACAGUGAAAUCUUUUCAAUCAAAAUUUACAUAAAUACUAUACUACCCAGUUAAUUUUUGCAAACUGAUUUUGGAGUGCGUGGUUUCCAACAGAACUAUAUGGGAACCUGUGCACAGAAUUCCUCCUUUCAAGCAGGCAUUUGUAGCACAGUUUUCUGUCUUAGAGCUGAUGGUACUAUUAAUUUCUUUGUAUCCUGUUUUGAUGCUGAGUGCUGCAUGCAAAAUAGCAACUAUUAGAGACAACCCACUUCAUUAUUGGUAGUAAUUUCCUACACCGGAGGAAGUUGCUGAAAAGAUAUGUCUUUAAAACAUAUGAAGGAAGCCCCUUCUAGGCAGCGUGGAAGGAAAGCACAGGUAUGCAGGAAUCGAGCAAACUUCAGUGUAAAUUAUAUUCUUGCUUACAUUGAGAAGUAAGUAAUGAAAAUUUUCUUAUCUGGUCCUGUAUGAUAAUCUGUUGCCUUUACUCAUCUGUUAUCCAUGGAAGAUUUUUCACGUCUAGUGACCUAUGUGUGAGAUAUCCCUAUUAUGUGCAACAUCAGGAAAUGUAGAACACUAAAAAUAAAGUAUGUUUGUCUCCAUAGUGCAGUGGAAUGAAAACAGAUGGUAGGCAACACAUAUGGCUGCCAGAAGCUGGCAACACCCAUUUGCAGAGUUCUUGCAGCUCAAAACUAAACAAGCCAAAACAAAGGAACUCAAAGGGGAGCAGAGAUUGUUCCAGGCAGAUAUCAGGAUAUCUGUCCUCCAGGUGCACACUCCCCAUUUCUUUACCUUCAGUUGGUAAAGCUAGAAAUGGCAGUAUACUGCUAGUUAAGAAUUUAAUAGACCUCCUUAGUAUUUGUCAAAACUUAUAAUUUCUUAAGUAUUGAUAUUACUUAAAAUAAAUCUCUAAUUUCCGCUGUAGGUUCAAACUUCUGGUUUUGGACAAAAUUUAAAAUUUUGCCAAGUAAUUCAACAUAAAAAAAUGUGUCAAUAUUGAAGGAACUUCUCUGUUGCUGCUUCGCAUCAUAUGGAGGGUCAAGAAAGAAAUUGGAGACAGGUGACUUCCUUAAACAGAGUUGCUGGAAUAGACCUACGUCCUUUCUAGAAUUUGAAUAAUUUUUUUCCAUUUAUUCAACUUCGUGCUAGUUCUGAGGGUUCUUUUAUGGGGUGCUAUUGUUGCGGGCAGUGCUUCAUGCCUUGUAGCUUAUGGCCUCUCUAAGCAGUAAUCAGUGAUUUAAUGUAUAUUACAGGUAACUAUAGGAUUGUUGGCCAUAUGGUGUCAUGAACAGAAGCAGCAGGAAAGAGUAAUAGCACUAAUAUCUGGGACAAUUCUAUGUUCUUUAUGCUUAUAUUUAACCCAAGCAGAAGGACAGUAGAGUAAAAAGAAGAAAAAAGUCUUCAGUAGGUUGAUACAGUUUCUUCUUCCCUAAAGGUAUGGAGCAGAAUUUUGAGACUCUGUUAGGGCACUUAAAAAUGGCCAAGGAACAAGCCAAGGGCAAACAGCCUUAAAUAUUUGUAUUUUAGGUGUGCAGAUAUUAUGAAAUGUGUAAGGGUUCACAUGUGACUGUCUGAAUAAGAGAAUGGGGGUUUUACCAUUGUUAAGAUUUUUAUUCUUAGUCUUUGUUUUUUUUAUGGUAAGCUUUAUAAUUAAGCUAUUAGCUUUGUUUAUAAUUAGCCUGCUUCAGUUUCUGUAGCUUUAUCUUUUUCUACACAUUUUCAUCUAAUGUAAAAUACAUUUUAAUUUGCUUUAAUUUAUGUGGAGAAUUGUAGCUGUAUGGUAAGUACACUGUGACAGAAAUUAAGUUGAUUUCUUUUUUUGGUUGAUAAAAGGGAUAGAUUAAAAAUAUUCAAACUCAGCAAAACAAAACAAAAAAAAAGCAAUUGUAAUUAAAAUUGAUGACACCUAGAAACCAACAAAAAUAACAGGACUUAAUAAAAUUUUAUGGUGAAUAAAAAUGUAAUGGACUAUAUAAGUAGUGCCAACAAAAGUAGCUUCCAUGACUGACCCUGUUUUUGAGGCAUUUUUCUAUGUGUUCAUUUAUAUUUAUGUCCCUUAAAGUUUUCAGUAGAAGAAAAUUGCUCAGAGUAGUGAAGAGCUUUUUUGAAAAGCAGUCUAAGAUUUAAGGAAUAUCUGUUUUAAAAUAUUUUUUAUUUUUACUAAUCUAAGCUGUAUAAUUUUAAAAUUAAGAACAGGGUCCUGCUUGCUUGUUACAGGUUAUUUCUUCGUUCCAGUGGAUAAUUGGGAUCUUUGAUUUUGGAAAAAGUGUGUUUAGUGGCAUAUUGUAGCCAAGAGCUUUAGGAGCAUGCUAUCUGUAAUGAUUAUGAAAUUUCAGUGUGGCAUGGAGCACCUACAGAUACUUGAAGGACUGACUCUUAAGUGCUGGUUAGCUAUGACCUUCUAUUAGAGGUCUUAAAAAUUGGGGGAAAAGAUGAUUUCACUACGUGUUUUGAUUGUGAUGUUUCAAUGUACGUUCUGUUCAUUUGAUCCUCUGUUACGUAAUGCUAUGUGUUAUUUCAUAUCCUUGGAACUUCAGUAAUAUAGUGUAUGUCUCCCAUAUCCUUGAAGUCCCAGGAGAAAAUAUUUCCCUCCCUGAAAAACAUCAGCCAGCAGUUUAUCUCUGUCACAAUCAAGAGGAAGUGCUGAACUUAAUUUAGAUAAACAGUUCAGAUAACAAUACACAAACUCCCUUGUGAAGCAGUCAUAAGGACACCAGCUGACAUAAGAAAAUGAAGACAUCCAAGAGUAAUGUUUAAGCAAACUCACAGUAAAGUAGGUGGAACAGUUGGUCACAGCCUUUUAGAGCAGAUGGAAACACCAGCGAAGUACAGAAUGGAAGGAGAGAGACUCACUUCUUGCUUCUGCGUUACCAUUGUGAUGAGAUGGAUAGAAGAUAAUGGAAUAUAUGUGUGUCCAGGCUGGCAUUAUAUCAAAAAUCUAAAUAACAUACUUAAACUGCAGCAGAUUUUACUUUUAGCCAAAGUGUCAGGGAAAUAUAUAGUAUAUUAAAAAGCAAAGUACACCACUGGCAAAAAAGAUGUAAAACUUUAUUGUUCAAAAGGGAAGUGCCUGCUUAUGGACUGCAUUAAGAAUUGUGGAGCCAUUCUCGUUUGGUUUAGUAAGAAGCAUGUGCCAAACUGGUUUUGAUUUGUGUUUUCUUUUGUUGGGUUGUUUAGAUAGGAGUUUUUUGCCUAAGUAUGCUUACUGAUUUCCAUGAUGCUGGCAAUAAUGGUUUCAAAGAAAAUAGUUCCCCCCCAUUAAAAAUUAAAACUAAAGAUUGGACUAAAAAACCCAAAACCAACACCUCCACCAAGGAGGUAACAGAACAAACAGGAAGUGUUAGAAGCUGCAGUUUGAUUUUAACACUUGAGGAUAGAAAAAAGUUGAGAUCAAGUUAGCACUGAUAAAUGAAUGUAAAAUUUGCAUCAUUAAGGAUUUAUUUAGCAAAACAAGCUAAUUGUUUCAUUUUUUCAUAAAUAUUUUUGAAAGGAGUUUGUAUCAUCAUGGAGCCUUUCAAAAGGAAACAGCAUCUUAGCAAAUUCUUGCUCUAGUGUCAGUACUAUGUAUCAUCUGCCUUUAUAAGAAGUUGUCUCGUCCCUUGACAACAUUAUUAUUGGUAUCAGUUAUUCCUCUACUUCAGUCAGUCUUUGAUAAUUUUUUUUUAAAUAAAAAUUUAUUUGACUUUUUUUAACAAGGGUGAAAACCCACGGUUCAUAUUCACUGCAACAAACAUUGCAAUUUUUCUUGAGUAUGUGCUGUGACUAUCUAUAAUCUGCAACUUCAUAGUUAUGUAUCACAUUUUUAAGGCUUGCCAGUAAUUCAUAUUUGUACACUAGUUUAUUGCUGAAAAAAAUUAAUGAAUGACAGAAAGAUAUAAAGAAAUGGGCAUUCAGCCAGUCCCAAUAUAUAAAUAACUUUCUGAAGACACAGGGAGAUUUACAUGCAUUUCUGGCCCCCAUGAUAGGAAACAGAUUAAGAAACAGUUGCCAGAGUACAUUUACCUUUUUGAUUUCAUUUACUUCACAUACAGGACUGAUUACCAACCUUUUGUAAAUAGUCAGUGAAAAAUACAAGGUCCAUCUGUGAGCAGAGGAUGGAGGCAACAUUGUGUGCUGGUGGAAGAGUGGCUGAAAAAUUGUGUGUGUAGAAAAAAAAGAGGAAAUAAAACCACUCAUUUUUACAGAACAUGUGUUUUACUGGCAUGUGAUAAAUUCAGUGGAAAUCAACCGGAACCGGUUGUAUACCUAGGAUUGAACGUUAAAUCCAUAACUGGGGGAUAUUUUUAUUGAAAAAGUUGUAGGGAAGGGACACUCCAGUCAUGCAGUGUUACUUGUGGGUUGAGCAGGAGUAACCACCAGCAGUACUGGUUAGUGCAUUUUGUAUUUAAAACCUUAGAAUGAGAAAACCAGCACUAGUAUUAUAUGUGAGCAUUAGCUGUAUUAGUAGUAAGAUGGACGUAUCCUACAGGGCAGCAUAAUCAGAUGCUUGUUUAACAUCUGAUAUCCACUGUCCUGUGGGGUAACCCUCCCUGUUGUUUUCACUGUUAAAACCCCUUCCAAAUUUCCCUUCUUCUAAACUAGUGGUUUUCAUCCUCUGAAGCAGUUUCUGCAGUGGCGAUCAAGGCAAUGUUCCAGUGACUCUUAGGUAAGAUCUGGAGGCUUCCACAGCAUGGCUGGAUUCUGUCCUUUUCUUGCUUCCCCUGUGUAUUGCAGUCUGAUAUCCCAACCCCCCCCUUCCAGCUUCCAUGUAUUCCCCAGCUCAUGAUAGCUGCUGUUCCUUCUCUAAUGGGCAGUGGGAGAAAGGAAGCUGUGAGAAUGACAGUAUCAUGGUCUGCUGAGGGAGUUCCUUGAAUGUGGUCCUCUGAAUCUGCCACAUUCUUCAUUGCUGGGAGAUUUUGUUCACCUCUUUUAUCAUUUUAAUUCCUACCUGCUUUUUGGGGGUGGUAGUGGUGGUGUGUCCACAGCCUUGGUGUAUUCAUAGGACAACUGAAUCCUCACCCCGUAUCAUUCCAGUAAUGUGUCCAAUAAUGAUUCCUCACUCCUAUUUUCCCAGCAUAGUUCCUGUUCCCAGCAAGCCUACUGGCCACCAAUGGUAGCCUGGUGCAGACCUGGUAACAGAGGCCUUUCCUCACACCACUUUGAGACCCACUGUCAUCCAGGAGCCUAAGAAGUGAGGGGAGUGGUGUAGGGCCCACAAAGCAGGGGAAAGGGAAGCUGCAGCCAUUCAAAGGGAAGGAUGUUAGGACCAACAUUAGAACCAAGAAUGUUUUUGUAUGUCUAUAAAUACAGUUCAGAAAGGCAAUGAGGCUCCUGACCAAAAUAAAUCAGCAGAUUUUACUUCUUGGGAAAACUGUUCCUCACACCUUAGAGAAACAUUACAGAAGGACAACUGAAGAAAUUGCCAUGAAAACUCAAAUGAAGGAUUAUACAUUCAAUUUGCAUUAAGUUUGCAUGCUAUGCUACAAAUACCUGUUGAAAGGUUAUACUUUCAAUUUAACUCCAGAGAAUAACCCAAACAAAUACUGAAUUGAGAACAAAAUUUUUAUUUCACGUAUUUUGAAGGAUUAACUAUUGCUUUUUAUAAAUGUGCCUGUAGGAGUAGAAAUGCAAAGCACAGCAUCCACGUCAUUAACAUGUUAAUUCUUUUAGAGGGAAUUGAAAAAGCAGUUUGAACUAUUAUGGUAUUUGCAUCUUCAUGCUAUUCUGUUACAGAACCUGUUAAGCAAGCAAUGGCCCUGGCAUAGUUAACAACACUGUAGGGAGCACGAACCUUACAAAUCAUGGAAUAUCCCACCAUGGCCAGCAUAGGAGUAGCAUAGAUCAAGAGUGGGAUGACAGGUGCUGCAAUCUUCUUUCUACUCCUGAAACACAGCAUUUGAUAAGUGAUCAAAAGUUAUCAGGGCGGAUUUAAACAUUAAACAGAAGCUGGAUGGAGACAUGGGAGUGCCAUGUUGUGUGUGUGUGCUCUGUUGGGAGAAUGUCUUUUGUACUGGGUAGCUUGAGAGUGCUGUGUGCUGUGCUGCACAACGAGGUGUUUGGCUUUGUGGCUAAAAGCAGUCAUGCUGGUUUGCUGAAGCACCUCAGAGCUGGAGCAUGUGCCUUGGGUUAUGUUUGAUUGCUGUAGCUCCUGCUACGUUCCCAUGGGUUGGUUAAUGUGCCUUCCUAUGUGGCCUGUAACUGUGCUCUGUCCUUGUGGUAGUCAGAGAGUUGGUAUGGUUUCUGCUUUGCUGUACUUUAACAAAAACAAUCAGAAAAGAAAACAUUGUUUGCUCUGAAUUCUCUUCAAUUCUGCACAGCGACUCAAAAUUAGUACCUUUAAUUAUUUGGGAGAAUGGAUAACGUGAUUAGAAAGCUGAGGAAAACUUUAUGAUUUGAGAAUUAAAUGUCACAAAGAACCAUAUGUAUGUAAUUGAUCUCUUAAAUUUUAGCUAUUCUGUGACUUCAAGUAGUUUCAUUGUGUUUUCAGUCUUUAUGCUCGUGUGCUCUUUCAUCAUUAUUGCUCAUGUCCCAGAAAACUGAGUCCAACAUAUUUUGAGAGUAAUGAUAGAAAAUAAUUAGGAACUGAAAAAAACAGGUUAGCAAACCUGAGGAAUUCUCAUGCAUGCCUUUGGAACUAACAAGUGCCUUUUCAAUAAACUGACUGCAAGAUGUAAAGUAAAAAAAAGAGCUUCCAUGUUUCCCAGCAUGAGCCACAAGAGAAAUGAGCUCAUGCUACUGUUUCAGUAGCAUGUCAAAUAUAUCUCAAAGGGUGCAGAAUCUGUAAUAAUAUCUCUGUCUUGACCCAAAGAACUAACUUCAGUACUCAUUACAAGGUAAAUGGAAUUCUGACAGUGUCCAAUAUUUUUAAAAUCUGCUAGAAAAGAUAUUGAUGCAUAAAUUGCAUUUCUAAUUUAAGACACAGCAGAGGGAAAAAAAUGUUAAAUACGACAGAAACUGAUACUGUGUUGCAAUUUCUGGAUAAUGUGUAUUGCCUUUUCAUGAAAACCUGGCAAACUCAUUGCACCGAUUACCCGGAAAUAAAAGAAUGUGAGCAGCAGUAAAAGCCAACAUACAAGAAAGCACACUACAUCCACAUAAAUUUCAAGAGCUUCAGAGCUUCCCACUCUUCAAAGGCUUUCUGGAAUAAAAACUUCCAGAAGAAGAACAUGUGUGGAAUAAUACAGCUCAGUGAAAACCAGCUAAAUAAAAAAGAAGGUGACAGACAUGAAUCUUAAAGAAAGAAAUGCUGUGAUCAGGAUGCAGCUUUCUGAAGUGCUCAGAAAUGGAGAGAUGCUUUUGGAACCCAUGCUGUGCUGAAUACCUAGAUUGAGAUUCCCAGAUUCUAAUAUAAAUGUGCCAUAGCAAAGUGCUGGCUAAAUAAUUCCUGAAUAGUCAAACAUCUUGUCCUGGCCAAUACUGAAAGCUGUUGCUACUGCAGCUUCUGCUACCUCUACCAGCAGUGGCCACAGUCAUAGUGAGCAAGAGGCAUAUAACAACCACUGAUUUGGAUGAUUUUACUUCAACUAAAGACUGAGGUAAUGUGUUCUUAUUUUCUUAAAUUAAAACGGGAGGGCCCUAAGGAGCAUGAAGAAUCUAUAGGUAAAUUGGAGCAAUAUAAGGUAGGUAGUGGAAAGAGAAUAUAAGCAGUUCUAGCUGGGUAAAAAUAGAACAGGAGACCAUAACCUAGACAUAUAAACAUUUAUUGUGUUGCAUUUACUACUCUAUUUACCCAUUCUUGUAAUAAACACAGCAAGACUAAAAUACUAAGGAGAAACACCACUAUUGAAGCAAAUAAUGGAGGACAGCUGAUAUCUUGGAGAGAAACAUUCAAGAACUGGAAGUACCAAUGUGUUAAAGGAUCUAAAGGAAUAAUAGAAGAUUUUUGAUGCAUUUCUGAUCUUCUUUGCUUAAUAUUAACACCUAAUGAAAAUAGAGAAGGGCAUGAAGCAGCUAGCAGUGACCAUUUUUAAACAUUGCUUGUUUAAUCAUACAAACUGUUGAAAUACACAACUCCUACUGAAAUAAAUAGGAACUGUUGCUGUUGAGCUCUGUUACAAAUUAGGACACCUGAGAAAUUGUUGAGUAGCUGAUCUAUAACAAGUAAUUUUGUUAGGCAGUUGUAAAUUUGGAUAAUGCUUAUGUUUAAGUGUGUGGCUGAGUAUUGUGCACAUUUUACCUGUUCAGGUCAACCUUUUUUUUUUUUUUUAAUUUUUUUAGUUCAAGUGUACAUCUGACAUAAUUAAUCUGAAACAAUGCAUUUGAGCAAAGGGAAUUUUUAGUAAACAGGUUCCUGGAAAG